CCACCUGUCACAUCAGAAUCUGCAAUGGCGUCGUUGUGUUUGUGAUUGAAUUUGAGAUUUUUGUGAAAGCGUGUGUUUCCGGAGUGUUCUAACUCGAAUCGUGACACAAAUCACGCAUGGAAACCUCCGUAGACCUUUGAGACGCGGCCCCCGUGACGGUGGGGAGGUUGUGCCGCCAUCCAGACCGCCACCAUUUCGGGGGUUGCUUUGGGGGCAUUUUCGCGUUCGAUAUGCGGAAAAAUGGAGACGAAACUGUGUCGAAUAUGCGGGAAACUUAGCCAAAACUACGUGGACAUAUUCAGGACCGAGGGCCUCAAGCACAGAAUAGAGACAUGCCUCCCCAUAAUCGUAACUCCCCAUUCCCUCCUCCCCGACACGAUCUGCGGGGACUGUUCCGACAGCAUUAGCAGCUUCUACGCCUUCAUCAAGAACUGCUUGCAGAACAUCAUCAUCCUCGAAGCACAGUAUGACAUAACCGAGUCGUGUUUGAAGUCGAAGCGCCGCUACGACAAGAGCUGCUGCACAGACUCGCUUUCCGAUAAACAAGAAAAAAAUACUCAAACCAUCAACUAUCUUGAUCUCCUCCUUAAAGAAAGUGAAGAAUUCCACUAUGACUUUCCUAAACCUAACCUCAUAAAGCUCGUCGACUAUGACAUCGAAUCUGACACAAACUCGGAGCCCGAGGAGCCUGUUCGUGCAGCCAGCUUGCUUGAUAGCCUCAUCACAACCAAAAACAACUUUGGACGUAAAUACUUUGAUGAUGCCGAAAACUACCUGAUCAGCGAAAUAACCCAAAGGAAGAACCGCAAACGGAAAAAUUCACAAGUGAUUGAGUCUAGUCUACCGAAAAUUUGUAAGAUUGAUAGGCGGAAGAACAAGCAGCCGAAGAAAUUCGAAUUGAAGGCGCCGGCGGUCGAGGUACCGAACUUCAGCUUCGCCGGACUGGAGGGGGAAAGUGGGACCAAUCAGAGGACGCCGCUGCUGACCAAGGACAUUGGGACUUUACCACAAGUGUGCUUAUUAUGUGAUGAUCAGUUUUCGGGGCCGUCCAUGUUGGCUAGUCACGUUUUUGAAACGCAUGGAAUUGAUAUGGCGCAUAUUGCGGCUUUGGCGGACGACGCCGCCAACGACAAAAAGAAAAAGUUACCCAAUUUACUCAAGAUUUCCGAUCUGAGGAAGAACGAUUCUUUAGAUGACAAUCAGCCCCAAAACGAGCAACAGAUCUCCGAGGAGCCCCCAACACUCCUCCCCAGUUUCGUGUGCCCUCUCUGUCCUGCCAUGUUCACCGCCCGUCCGGACCUCUUCACCCACCUCCGGAUCAAACAUGCCGAACAGUCGUCUCUCUUGUGUGGAAUGUGUCUGUACCAAGCCUCCACAUUAGUCAACCUCCAAAGUCACGUCGAACUCUGCGUCCAACAGCACCAGGCAGUUACCAAGUACAUCUGUCAGAUAUGUCGCUACGGCGACGACAACUCGAAGUCCCUCGAAAACCACAUACUAGUACACGACUUCCUGCUCGACGCCUGCAAAAAACAAUCGAAAAUGUUCGAUCCGGCCGACUACAUCGAAAUGAACGACAAUUACGAAUCGGGCGGCUCAUCGCCGACAUCGAAAAGUUUAUCGUGCAGUGAGUGCGGUCUAGACGAUUUCGAAUCGUUCAAGGACUUCAGUACGCACAGAAGAAGUCAACAUUCGAUUUUCCAUUGUGAUCUAUGUAAUAAGUUCUACGGGCGGAAUUCGCACUUGUGGAAACACGUGAACCGAUUACAUAAAGGCCAUCCGAGUAUUACGUGUCAAUUGUGUUAUAAAACGAGCGCGUCGAAGUAUCACCUCGCCCAGCAUUUCAACAAAAUCCACAGCACUAAGACCACCUGCAAACCGAAAACCGAGCCGUUGUCUUUAUUAGAGAACUCGUCGGAGGACUUCAUGUCGCAGAAGUUCCAAGGCUUCGACUUUCAAUCGGUCAAGCAGAGUUUCAUGAGGCAGGAGAUGCUCGAGCAGGAGAAGAAGCCGUCGUCGGAGAUCGACGACAACUCGAAUAACCGGUUAUCGGACCAGGAAUACGUCAAACAGGAACCACUUUGUGCCCCGAAGGAGAUAGACUCGUCCAGUGACCUAUACACUAACAUCAUAACGAAUUACACGCCUCCAGCGAACGAAGGCGAAUUCAAGUGUCCGAAGUGCACGAAAGGUUUCCACAAAAAGACGCUCCUUAAAAAGCACAAAAAGAACUGCCGGCCGCGUUUGCAGAAAGAUUUGCUUACCCGCUGCAAGUCGUGCGCGCGCAUCUUCAAAGACCGACAAAGUCUCGCGAAACACUUAGUCAACUAUCAUUCCGAGUACGCGUGCGAGAUGUGCGGUCAGAAGGUCCAAAGCAAGUGCGAGAUCGUGUCACAUAUACGUUUCCAACAUCCGGGUUGUCGCUUGUUCUGCACCAUCUGCGGCAACAUCCUCAGGAGCGAGAAGGACAUGGCCGACCACGUGCGCGACCACAUGGACUCCUACGUGUGUCAGUUUUGCGCAGACGCGCUCCCUAGUAAGAUCAAACUCAAAAUGCAUAUCCUGAGUUUGCACAGGAAGAUUUUGAGCUUGAGCUGCGGGGUGUGUCUGAAGUUGUUCGAAACGCAGCACGUAUUGCGGGAACACGUGAGGUUGGUGCACAAGAACGAGUUGGCGCCGCUGACGUCGUGUCCGGUUUGCGGGAAAAAUUACGGUUCCAAGUGGAAAACGUACGAUCAUUUGAAUAAGUCGCACGGGCGGAUUUUCAAAGCGUGUAAAGCUUGUUUGCAAGUGUUCGACAACGAGGUGCAAUUGCAAGCGCACUACAACACGGCGCAUACUAAUGCUACUGUUAUUAAAAGCGAGAUUAAGAAUAAUACGCAGUUGCAGCCGCCGCCGAUGCAAGUGCAGAAUAAUUGCAAGAGCGAGAGCGAGAGGGACUCGAACAGCGACCAAAGCUACGGAGAGCAAGACAAAGACGAUUUGGAAGAGGAAUCCAUGCAGAGGAACGACUAUCCGGGCUUUCUAGACAUGAAGGACUCGAAAAUAUCGUUGCUGGAAAAGAGACUCCUAGGAAAAAAAAUCGAGGAGAACAAACCGUCGACGAGUACCUCGACGGUGAAAAACAACAAAAAGAAAUCAUCAGAGAGUCAUAAUAUUAAAAAAGAGGAGAUCGAUCCCGAGAGCGCGAUAAACUACUCCCCCAACCCCCAACAUAAUAGUUCCAAGCGUACGGUGUACGUCAAUAGUAACGACCCUUCGUAUUGCGAGAUCUGCUUGAAGACCUGGCCCGCCAAGAAACACCUGUGGCAACACUACAUCCGUUGCCACAAAAGCGUGGCAGCCACCGUUUGUGGCAUCUGCCUAAAAACAAACAACUCCUACAGUGCCCUCCAAGCCCACUUGCGUCAAACCCACCCCACGCUGUUACACGGUCAAGGUUUCGGGUCCAACUUCAUCUGCAGAAUCUGUGGACGUUACCACAACGCUAGCAGUAAGCUCCGACUGCACAUGGCCAUCCACGAGAACUUCGACUGGACCCUGCUAGAACCUCCCAAAGAAGAAAACAAAGACGAAAACGGUUACCAAGAGAGCACGAACGAGAUUAACUACGAGAGUUUGAUCGAGCAGGUGGAGUGCUCGUCGGGUUGCGACUCGGAGACCGAGACGGUGGUGGAAGCGAAGGAUAAAGGGGAGUCGAGCUCGGACGAGGACGACGACGACGACGACGAAGAGGAGGAAGAGGAGGAGGAGGACGACGAGGACGAGAGCGAGAGCGAAGUAUCGGAGAACUCGCUCGAGGCGCAGAUGCUGACUAACAUGAUGAGGGAGAAAGGGGUGACGGACAACGGAGUUAAGAUCGAGUAUGGGAGUACGAAUAGCGAGGAUUCGAGCGGCAGUUGUUUUUCCGCGAAGAGCGACGGCAGCUCGGAGGAGGACGAGUCGACUUCGUCCAAUGUGGUCGACGGGAACGGAUAUCGGUGUAAGCGCGAGGAACUGGAUUCGGCAAUUCAGUCGAUCAAGUACGAGUGCGUGGAAAAGGUUGAGGAUGAUGUGGAUGAGGAGUAUUGUGAAAUACCGGCGCAGACUCUUAACGAUAACGAAAUUGAGUCGGCGGUAGGGAGCAUACUGUGAACUGUGUAAAUAUCAACGUAGCUUAGAAUUUGAUGUUCAGUUUUUUUCCUCAUGCAUAUCUUGUAACGUCGUAAGAUAAAGACAGAAAACGAACAACUUGUAUAUAACUCAAUUUUGUCGGUUUAUUAUGUUAGAAGUAUGUAUAGUCUAAAUUGUAAUUUGAAGAGACUGUUUUUUUUAGUACUUUACUUUGGUACUUUUUUUGUAUCGAUCUGACGCUUGUUUAUAGGGUAGAUAUAUUUGCUAUUUUUUAUAUUUAUUUUUUAUAUUGAUUUCGAUUAGUAGGUACAUAUACUUACGUCAUUCCCAUACUCAAUAAUUAUAAGGCUAUG